AUGGACUUGUCCAAUAGCCGUAUAACUGGUAUAUUGAUAUUAAUCCUAAACUUGCAGCUAACCGAUUUCGUUUUGCUACGAGAAUUCAAAAAACAACCUCAUAUUGUUGUCAUCAUUGCCGAUGAUUUGUUUCUGAAAGAGUUGGGCUAUUCAACACACUUGGUUGGAAAAUGGCACUUGGGAUAUUACCAAAAACGUUUCACUCCCACACAAAGGGGAUUCGAUAGUCAUUUCGGUUACUGGAACGGGUUUAUUAGUUAUAGAAACAGCACACACGCUACGCAAACAAUGAGUGGUAUCGAUGCCAGGCGUGGGUUCGAAAGGGCGGGAAAUGAGAUGGACCGCGAACGGUAUGCAACUGAUGUUUUUACAGAAGAAGCUCUUAAAAUUAUAGAAUCAAGUAAACGACAAAACACUAAAAUGUUUUUAAUGGUAAGUCAUUUGGCCGUUCAUUCGGGAAAUAGAGGACCAAAUCACUUGGAAGUUUUGAAUAAAACCUACAACGACGAGGCAUUCGGUUAUAUUGAAAACGAAAACAGAAGACUUUAUGCAGGCAUGGUGACUUCUUUGGACGACUCUGUUGGAAAAAUAAUCGAAUCACUACACGAAAACGAAAUGCUAGAAAAUUCUAUUGUGGUGUUUAUGUCAGACAACGGUGCGCCGACGGAUGAUCCGUUAUGGGGUCAUGAGAACUUUGGAUCAAAUUGGCCUUUGAGAGGGAAAAAAGCAUCAGUACUUGAAUGUGGAGUCGUGGGGUUGCUGCGAUAUGGAGUAAAUGCUGCAGGUGGGAAUUUUGAAGACUUAGGUAAAAUUGAUGGUGUCGAUCAGUGGAAAAGCUUAACUGAUACAUCAAAACAAGUAAGAUCAAAGGUUUUAAUCAAUAUAGAUGAGACAAGAGGAGAGGAAGCCUUAAUUUUCAACCAAUGGAAAGUUGUGAAAAGUAACCGUACAAGUAACAUGGUCUUCAACCUCAAGUACGCCGGGGAUCCUGGUAACGCAGGACCGAAAUAUAAUAUGUCCGGUGUGGUGGCAAGUGUCAUCAGUAAACGUCUAUCAGAAAUCAAUUGUUUGACCCAAGACGGUUGCAUGAACGCGUCAACAGCUCGAGACGUGUUUUACGUUGCCCGUUCUCUGGCUAAAGUAGACGGCCAAACUUGCCCAGAGCGUGUAUCCAACCCAAAUCCCGACCAACAGUAUGAAUGUUUUGACGGGUACUGUCUCUUCGAUAUCCUCCAAGACCCAUGUGAGUAUCGAAAUGUGGCCAAACAGAACCCCCAAACGCUGGACGCGACGAUCCACAUGCUGGAGCAGUUCAAAAAUGAAAUGACGAUGCAAUCACCUGAUCCGUUAAUUGAUCCCGAAGCGGAUCCUCGUCGUUUUGCCGGUUAUUGGGAGCCUUGGCUGGAGCCCUUCGACAAAGCUUAG